AAAUGAAUGGCUGUCUGGUGGUUGUCUGUGUAAUCAGAUUGUUGUAAAAAAUGGCAAAGACUUACGAUUAUUUAUUUAAAUUACUCUUGAUAGGUGAUUCCGGAGUAGGAAAAACUUCAAUAUUAUUUAGAUUUUCAGAAGAUGCAUUCAAUAUAUCGUUUAUAUCAACCAUUGGAAUCGACUUUAAAAUUCGGACAAUAGACCUUGACGGGAAAAAAGUUAAGCUACAAAUAUGGGACACCGCAGGUCAAGAAAGAUUCCGUACAAUAACCACAGCAUAUUACCGAGGCUCGAUGGGCAUUAUGCUGGUUUACGACGUUACCAAUGAAAAGAGCUUUGAAAAUAUAAAAAAUUGGAUAAGAAAUAUUGAGGAGAAUGCCAGUGCUGAUGUUGAAAAGAUGAUACUCGGAAAUAAGUGUGAUUUGGAAGCUAAAAGACAGGUGUCAAAGGAGAGAGGUGAACAAUUAGCUAUAGAGUAUCAGAUAAAAUUUGUAGAAACAUCAGCAAAGGACUCAUUAAACGUUGAGUAUGCUUUUUAUACAUUGGCGAGAGACAUCAAAGCGAAAAUGGAGAAAAAACAGAAGGAGGCAAGUAACCCCCAAGCGCGUAGCGGCGCACACCAGCUGAAGGCGAACGAGCAACAACGCAAGCCCACGUCGUGGUUGUCUCGCUGCUCCAUCCUCUGACGGCCCGCGCGUCGCGCUCCCCGCCGCACCGCACCCAUGCUCUGCGUCCGCUCGCUACAACCGGGCACAGCGCUCUGAUCAGUGGACCUGCACCCACCUUGACUAUAUUUUUUUACCUACUUUUAAAAUAUUGGUGCGCAAUGCCCGAGGGGGAUCAGACUUGCUUUUUGUAUUUUUAUAUCCACAACUAUAUUUUCUCGUCUCUUGGAUAAAAUCGGAACAGUAUUCCUGACUUGGACAUUUUGUUCACAUUAAAAGUUACAAUUAUUUUAAGAGCGAAAUUGCGACUCGGUGUUAUGUUGGUAAUGAAAGAAUAAUAAUUAAAUAAUGGUUUAAAGGAUAUUAUUUCAAUAGAUUAUUUAGCUGUACUUUUUCUUUUGCUAUUUUAAUUAAGAUAUAUAU